AUGCUGUGCACUAAGGGAUUCUGGACGAUCCUGGUCCUGGUCUGGGCCAUCGCCCUUUCCAGCGACCUCUCGCUGGUGAGCGGCCAAACAGUGGCGCCGCUGACGAGCUCCACGGUGAGGCCCCAGUGCCCCCAGGCGGAGGCCCGGCCCACCAAGCCCAUGAUCAUUGUGAAUGCGCCGCCCAGCAAGCAGAAGCACCUCGCUCCUGUCCCGCUGCCGAUGCCGGUCCCGGUGCAGGUGGAGACGGCCAUGCCCGCGGACGCCAAGCCGCUGCAGGUGACGGGAUUCAUCACCAAGGCGGGCAACAUCUACGAGAUCGAGGACAAGCGCGGCAUCGGUGCCAUUGAGGGCCGCCAGGCGGAUGACGGCCAGGACCAGAUCGUGUGCAACUACGGCAACGUGGUCAUCUACAGUGACGUGCCCUGCGACCAGGUCACCAAUGUCCGUGUCGGCGAGAUCAAGCCCAUCAAGCCCAUCAAGGCGAGCAGCGGCAACGGCGGCAGUGAGCAGCCCAGCGAAGCCAGCACCGAGAAGCCCCAGGCGCAGGAGGAGGCGGAGGAGGAACAGGCGCCCGAGAAGCAGCAACAGGAACUGCAGCAGGAGGCUGGGCAGAAGGAGCAGCAGCAGGAACAGGACAGCAACCAUCCGCGCGGUCAGCAGAAUCAGGGUCCAACUCGACGUCGUCGCCGUCGUCCCCAGCAGCAGCAGCAGAAGCGUCGCCGCGGGCAGAACGGCGAUGUGGUGCGCCGCCGUCGCAUACGCAACGGCAACGGCAAUGGAAAUGGAAAUGGCAACCAGAACACGCGUCGCGGCGUUCAGCAAAGGCGACGUCGCCCCAACCAGCGCCGUGGCAACGGCAACGGUAACGGUAACGGCAACAGGCAGAGGCAGCAGCAGCAGCAGAAGCGCCGCCGUCAGCAGCAGCGUCGUCGCCAGCAGCAGCAGCAGCAGAGGCAGAAGCAGCAGCGCAGACGUCGCCAGCAGCCGCAAAGGCAACAGCAGCAGCAGCAGCAGCAGCAGCAGCAGCCAGCAGCAGCAGCAGCAGCAGUAGAGCAGACCAGAGCAGCGAGCAGAGAAAUGGGGUUCGGGGGGAACAGAGCUGGGACAGAUGGGGCAAAUGCUUGA